AUGUGGUUGUUGUGUCCGUUCGACUUGAUCUUCGACGGAUCUAUUGAGGAGUGCAAGGACCAGAGGUCAGUGGCUGAGUGCGGUUCGAUGUCUUCAGAUCGUAGCAGUCACGUCCAAGACACCAAAGGACUUCCUAACAGUCUGUGUGAGGGAUCAGAGGAUGGCUACCAUUCUGCGACAGAGUGCUCCAACUCAGUUGUGGAAUGUGUUGGAGGAGUGUCAAGUUACGGCGAUGAGGCCCCCGGAGGGCUCUCCCACGAAGCUUCGACAAGUUACGAAGCGUCGGGCGAGUCCUCUGGUGACAUUUCAGGAAACUUGGGCCAGGACGCAGCCGCCAAUCCAGCAUAUCAGGCUCCAGAGGGUGCGGCGCAGAAUGAGCAGAGCGAGUCAACAACUGCAGUAUCUGAAACAGUGAGGGCGUUUUGUGAGGGCAAGAUGGACGGUUUCUACGCUCAUGGAUGCUCAUCAGAGGUGAUCGCUUGUAGAGGUGGUGAGGCGAAAUCGAUGCUGUGCCCGUCUCAUAUGCUCUAUGACGAGCAGAAGCGCAAACGUGUACAACCGAGGGACCGUCUGCAAGUGGCCGAUGUAGCAGAAUUUUCACUAACUGUGUGGAAGGCAAGGUAA